CGUCAGGUCCAAAUCUGAUAUGUUGGGGAGAUGGCAAGAGAAAGUGCUUGGACGACAGUAAUGGCGAAAUCAACAACGCUUCUUCUUCUUCGCCCGCAGUUCUUCCACACUCUUCUUCCUGGCUUUCAAACUCAACUCAUGAUUCCCUCAGACUUCUUCUCGAAUUACAUCAAAGAAACAAGCUUGGACUCGGAGACGACUACUACGGCGGAGCUCAAAUCGGACUCCUCCGACAUAACCUGGAAAGUCGAAUUGACUGGUCGGAUACUCAAUGACGGCUGGGGAGACUUCGCCGUCGCUAACAAUCUUCAGAUCGGCAACGUCGUCCUUGUCAGAUACGAAGGAGAUUUGGUCUUCCAUGUUUCUGACUUAGGACCAAGUUUCUCUCAGAUCCAACACAUUAAACCUCCACCACAAAACACUAAUGAUGAUGAUGAGUCAUUAAUGGAGAAGUUUCAGCAGAAGCAAAGACCUGUCUCAUAUUCAUCAUGUCAUAAGCGAUUCGUAACAUUUACGCUCCCGCCUGAUUACGCCACAAUUUGUAGAUUGACUCUUCCGAAUCUAUUCGUGAAGGAGAAUGGCAUGAACAAGCCUGAGGAGAUACGUGUGUUGGGGAAAGAUGGUACAAAGUGGCCGAUCAGCCUUCUACUUGACAAGAAAGGAAUAAUGAGUUUGGGAAAGGGUUGGAAAGAAUUUGUCAAAGCAAAUGGGUUAGAGACAGGGUUCACGCUCAAGCUGAUGUGGGAAGAAGACACAACUCCUUCGUUUAGUUUAUGCUGUGCGGAAUCAGCGAGUGACAGAGAUGAAGAAGCGUAUUUAGAAUCUAUCAAGAAACAGUCUCUUUCAAUAGAUCGGAGAAUCAGAGACAAGAGCAGCAAAGAUGAGAGAAGGUCAUGGGAAAGAGAAAAGAUUCAUCUGAGAGGGAGAUCAUACGUUGGUGAUAUUGAGGAGGUUCCUAUAAACAAGAAAGUAAAGACGAACAGUCAUGGAACAGAAGCUGUUUCUUCUUCAUUAGACAACUCGUGUUUUGUGGCCUUUGUCACGGAUUGGAGUCUAAACACAGAUACACUGUAUCUUCCACGAUAUUUUACAUGCUCAAAUGGUCUGACAAGAAAAUGCCGCAAGAUUGUUUUAAUAGAUGCUGGGGGAAGAUCAUGGGAAUUGGAUCUGAGGUUCAACGAGUCUUCUGAUAUUUUUUACAUAAGCCCGGGUUGGAGAAGUUUCUGUGACGAAAACGGUCUAGAAGCAGGAGGGUUUUUCACGUUUAAAAUAGGUGGAAACGGGGAAACUCCUGUGCUCAGUUUCUGCCCUAUGGAAUCUAUGGAUAGUAGAAGGCAAACAUACUGUUUAGAAGCUAGCAAUGAGAAAGAGGACAUAGAAAGGAAGAGAAAUGAAGAGGAGGCACUAGUGGAUAUAGAAAAGAAGGGUAAGCCGAAACACAGACCUGUGUCAUAUUCAUCAUAUUCACCAUGUUAUAAGCGAUUCAUAACAUUUACGCUCCCACCUGAUUAUGCCACACUUGAUAAAUUGACUCUUCCAAAGCUAUUCGUGAAGGAGAAUGGAAUCAACAAGCCUGGGGAGAUAUAUCUGUUGGGUAAAGAUGGUACAAAGUGGCUGACGCGACUUCUUCUGGACAAGAAAGGACUGAUGAGACUGGGAAAGGGUUGGAAAGAUUUUGUCAAAGCAAAUGGGCUAGAGUCUGGAUUCACGCUCAAGUUGAUGUGGGAAGACACAAUUCCUUCGUUUAGUUUAUGCUGUGAAGGAUCUACUGGUGACAAAGAUCAAGAAGAGUAUUUAGAAGUUAUCAAGCAACGUUCUCUUUCUAUAGAUCGGAGAAUCAGAGAUAAGAUCAGCAAAGAUGAGAAUAACGAAGAGGAGAAAAGGUCAUGGGAAAGAGAAAAGAUUAAUAUAAGUGGGAGAGAUUCAACUACGCCGAGCCAAAAGCGAUUCCUAACAUUAGCAAUCAGCCCUACCAGUCUCCGAUGUAAUAGACUGCGUCUUCCAAUGCCAUUCUUGAGAGAGAAUAGCAUGGACAAGCCUGGAGUGAUAUAUCUGUUGGGAAAAGAUGAUACAAAGUGGAUGGCAAAUCUUAUACAGGAAGGAGAUGGAAGAAUGAAAUUGGGAAAAGGCUGGAGAGCUUUUGCUAAAGAAAACGAGUUUAAGCCAGGAGAAUUCGUUACAUUAGAGUCUAUCUGGGAAGAUGAGACUCCUAUGAUCAGGUUUCUCCGUACAGAGUCUGAGAGUUCAAAAGCUAACAAGAAAGAGUCCAUUUACACGGAAGACACAGAACCUAGAACGAGAGAUUCAUCUUUAGCAAUCCAUGACCGGUUCGUGACAUUAACACUAACACAUGAAGAUGUCAAAGCCUGUAUGCUGAUUCUUCCUUGUCAGUUCUUGAAGGCUAAUGGCUUCAACAAACUUGGGAAGAUAACUCUUUUAGGUGAAAAGCGAAUAGAGUUAUCGGCGUAUCUAUUGUCAAGAGAAGGAAUUGUUGCUUUGGAAACUGGUUGGGGUGAGUUUUGUGAAGCCAAUGGCGUCAAGUUAGGAGAAUCUUUCACUUUGGAGUGCAUUAAAGAGCAAGACGAAACAGCUCCCGUGCUCAAGUUAUGUUCUCAGGAGACUAAUAAAUAAAAAUAGGUUAGUUAGGAAUAGAAAGCAUGUAGUGUAGAGUUGUUCUUUCUGUGUAGAGUUGGAGAGACUGAAGGAAAGGAAGAAGCUCGACGGUGGUGAUAGAAGUCUUCAAGUUGGGUUGUUUUAUUAUUCUCUCCAGACUUAGAGCUUCUGAAGUUUCUGAGGAUUGUGGUUAAACAUUUCUUCAAGCCUCGUCUUACUGGCUUCCACGGCCACAUGACAAACUGAUCCAAAGAGGAAGAACUCGGAUUCUUUGUUUGUGCUCCAGAGAGUCAGAGUCAGAAGAAGAGAGCAACUUCGGUGAGUUGUGUUAUAUUGUCUCUCUCUCUACCUCUUGAAUCAGACAUAUAAGAAGAGAGAAUCAUUCUGACUGUUACGAAUCUGGUGAGCUGGAUCUUUAUAUAACUCGCUCAGAGGUCUCAAAAUCGCAGUCUCCUUCAACAAAAAUGGUACAACCUGCAAUGGAAAAGCACACAUUGAGCUGGAAGUUUCUUUACUUUCAGACUGAUGUGUUUUUCUUCAGAGUCAGAAGAAGAAGACUGGUCAUCAGAAGCUAAUGAAUUAACGUAUUUUUCCACAGAACCGGAAAGAGAUGAAGAGAUCAACCAAAAUGAAAGAAAUUCACAGGAAUGUUCCAAAAGGAAUGGUAAAAAGGGUAGAUCGAUUUGUGACUUUUAACUAUCAAAACCCUAAGACUUCCAAAAACUCUAGACUAGUCAUUUUUAUCAACAUGUUAUUUGUCUUUUUAACCGUAUAAAUUCUGGAUCUUUUUAUUUGAAUCUUUGCUGCACUA